UGGCGGGCGGCGGGCUCGGGCGGACAUGGCGCUGCAGUUCGGCGGGGCGGGCGCGCCAGGCACAGCCGAGGAGCCGGCGCUGGUGGGGGGGAGCUUCGGGGCUGCGGACUCGUUCCCCAAGGACUUCGGCUACGGGGAGGAGGAGGAGGAGGCGGAGCUGGAGGGAGGCCCGGGGCCCGGUGGGCCCGGGGGCGGCGCGGGCGGGCCUGGCGGCGGCGCGGGCGGGGCGGACUCCAAGCCGCGGAUUCUCCUCAUGGGGCUGCGGCGCAGCGGGAAGUCUUCCAUCCAGAAGGUGGUGUUUCACAAAAUGUCUCCCAAUGAGACUCUGUUCUUGGAAAGUACCAACAAAAUCUACAAGGAUGAUAUUUCCAACAGUUCAUUUGUAAACUUCCAAAUAUGGGAUUUUCCUGGACAGAUGGACUUUUUUGAUCCAACAUUUGAUUAUGAGAUGAUCUUCAGAGGAACAGGUGCUCUAAUAUAUGUUAUUGAUGCCCAGGAUGACUACAUGGAAGCUUUAACAAGACUCCACAUUACAGUUUCAAAAGCCUACAAGGUCAACCCAGAAAUGAACUUUGAAGUUUUUAUUCAUAAAGUUGAUGGUUUAUCAGAUGACCAUAAAAUAGAAACUCAGAGGGAUAUUCAUCAGAGGGCUAAUGAUGAUCUUACAGAUGCUGGGCUUGAAAAACUUCACCUUAGCUUUUAUUUGACCAGUAUCUAUGACCAUUCAAUAUUUGAAGCCUUCAGUAAAGUGGUACAGAAGCUCAUUCCACAACUGCCAACCCUGGAAAAUCUACUUAAUAUCUUCAUAUCAAAUUCAGGCAUUGAAAAAGCUUUUCUCUUCGAUGUAGUCAGCAAAAUCUACAUUGCAACAGACAGUUCCCCUGUGGACAUGCAGUCAUAUGAGUUGUGCUGUGACAUGAUUGAUGUAGUGAUAGAUGUUUCCUGUAUAUAUGGGUCUGGCUUUCCUGAGAAACUUAAGGUCUUACUGAUAGUAUUAAGACCUGCAUUGCAGGUUCUCCAUUUGCUUAGUUCAGUGUUAAAAGAAGAUGGCACCGGGAGUGCUUAUGAUAAAGAGUCAAUGGCAAUUAUCAAGCUCAAUAACACAACAGUCCUGUACUUAAAGGAAGUAACAAAGUUUUUGGCAUUAGUUUGCAUUCUUAGAGAAGAGAGUUUUGAGCGCAAAGGUUUGAUAGACUACAAUUUUCAUUGCUUCCGCAAAGCCAUUCAUGAAGUUUUUGAAGUAGGUGUUGCCUCCCACAGGAUCUGCAACCAUCAAUCAAGCACCUCAAAUAUGAAAGCAGUGACUCACAAUGGCACACCUAGGAAUGCAGUCUAGAGGAAAGCUAAAGACCUUGGAUAGACUUGUCAGCUCUUCACUCCAAAGUUUUGUGGAACAAGAGAAGAGUAGUCUGAAAGCCUGAAGUAUGUUUCAGAGGAGAGGUCCUAACUGUGGAACAGCAGAUUGUAACUCGUAUUGGGCAACUGAAACUACUGUGAAAAUACUUUGAGGCCAGUGGAGUUAGAAAUGCCAGUUUGAAUUCAGCUGUGUUGCAAAUGCAGUAGGUUUUCAGUUUGGAGUCCUCUUUUAACAGCCUGUGUCUGACUGAUUGCCUGGUCAAAACUUACAAACAAUUGAGUUGGGUUUUGUGUGAAACACUGAACAGUCACUUACUUGCUUAAUUUUUUUAAAUUUUUGUUUAAGUUAAUCUGUAGAAUAUUCUCUUUUGUUUAAGUUUACCUCCUGUCAUGCAAAAACAAAAUUGGUGUUAUUAAGGCUUGUGAAACUCAGGCUUUUUGCUUGCUGAGGCUGGUCUCACAAAUCAUUCCAUUAAGUAGUUCUUGUUCUUGCUGGUGUGCUCAUAGUUCUCAUGAAUUCUGUGCUUGUUAAGUGGAUGCAAGAUAGAGAGCCCUGCUCUAGUGAUCAUGUGUUUGUUUAGAGAACUGACCUGGAGCUUCAUUUUAAGAGAUAGUGAUACUUUGCUUUCAGACCACACUUCUUGGUAUGUCCUCUUUGAUGGAAGGAAAGGAUUAAAAUCAGAAAUAAACUACCUGCUCUCUUUUGCAAAAACAUGGAUGUCAUAAAUCUGUGUGAUUAAUCCUAUUCAUGAAACAACUGCAUGGCUAACUAAACUGAAAUGUCUGCCAUCUGUUGGAAUAAAGCAGCCACUUUCAGCUAUUCCCAAGCAAAGAAAAGACAAAGUUACUGAGUUUUGAUGGUGGAUAUUUUUCCACUCUCUGACUGAUAAUCAAGACAAUUCCUAGCAAAAUGUGAGGGUGUUAUCUGUGCAUGGCAAUUAAGUUCACUGUGCCAUAAUUUACUAAUAGUACUGGACUUUGAAAGUAUAUUGAUUCUGUACUAUGACAAACACCCUCUUGUUUGUCGCUGUGCAAUCUGACUAGAAUAGUGGUUUUUCUGAUUUUGUAAAUUCUGCUGACUUUCAUACUAUGGGCAGUAUAUGUAAAUUCUUUAAUUUAUUUGUAUUAGUACUGCAAAUGUCAUUCUGUACACCAGCCUUGCUGUGCAGGAAGCCCAGCCACUGGCCCAUAAAGACCUUGCCUCCUUUUACCUGUCCCUAUGUGUGUAUAGGUGUUGCAAAGCCAUUGGACCAACUCUACAAGUCCCACUAUAAAAGUUUCUGCAGGAAGAAUUAAUUGAAGUGAUCUCUGCAAGUGGUGUAUUUAUGUGGUCAGAAAUAACCAUGGGACUGCUUCUGUGCUUAUAGUAUGAACUUCCAUUGAUCUAUGUAAAAAUGAAUAUACAUGCAUUAACAUUGGAGUGUAUGCACAUACUGUGUAAAUGGGUUUUUUACAGCAGGAAACUGGAAUUCAAGCGCUCUAGGUCUGUUCUCUUAAAUCUAGGCUGAGCCCCUUUUUGCUAAUGGAACUGCAGAGCUUUUUUUAAGGAAGUGCUGCAGGCUCGUAAGAUUGGGUACUGUAGUUUUCAAGCACUAUCACAGUUCAAAUUCUGAAGGUAAGAGAAGUAAUUGGCAAAAUAACAGGAAGAAAGAAUCCCCAUUUGUGCAGUGAGUUUUCCAUGUUCUAAGUACAUGCGUAUGUUCUCUUUCUUUUCACCCACUACAGGAUUUUGUGCUAAUAAAAUGAAAUCAAAAAGUCAAACUGUAACACUAUUGUUUCUGCUUGUCUUUAUAGACAAAAGUCUAUAAAGGCCUGUGUGGUUAAGCAAACUUUUAAAAGCCAUGUUAUCUUUAUGGUAUACUUAAAAAAAAGUUAAAUACCACAUUCCCAUUUAGUCAGCCUUAGCUUUCAUCUUAAUUAAAAGCUGACUCAGAAUUGAAUACUCAGUUUUCAGGUGAUGACGCUAGACAGUAAAGGCAUACAAAUGAUGGGGUGACUUGUCCUUUUCAUUAAUAGAGAGCUUUAGAUUGUGUUCUGAACUUCUGUCUUCUGGUGUGCAUGUUGUGGUGGCUUUCUGUGUUUUGAUUUGUUGUGGGUUUUUUGGUCAUUUACCUUUUUCUUGGCUAGUUGCACCUACUAAAGGUAAAUGGUGGCAUCUCAAAAAAUAAUGCUGCCAUUUUCACUAUUACCUGCACAAUAUUAGGUCUAAAAUUUAAAUUUGUCUCUAGCAAGGAGUACAGUAUUUCUUUAGUUUACUGAACUAAGUCAGAUGCUGCUAUUCAAGGAGAGUGUUAAUAACCUGUUGCUGCUUUAGUGAGACAGUUUUUGGUUUCUGAAAAUUUUAUGGUUCCAGGGAGGAGGAAGGAUAGGAGGAAGGAUUGUUUUCUUCCUUUUGCAGGAACUUCUCUCCUUCCUGUGCUGACCUGCUGCAGGGAGAGAUCCUAUUAGAGAAGAGGGAAGGCAGUAUCACAGUAUCUCCAAUAAAAGCACUGAACUUGUAGAGGAAACCAUCAA